AUUUUGAAGGUUGAAGUACUUGACUUCCGGUCAUGAUUGCAGCAUGUAUGCACAUUGACUUACUACAUCCACGGUUUCCUCUCCUCGUAACUUCAUGAGGUUUUCACAUGUUUAUAACAGUCCCGUCUUGAUGCUGGAGAGACAGAGUCUGACAGAUUGAUGGCUGCCUGUGUGCUGUGUCGACGGGUGCCCAGGCUACGCUACCUCCCAGGCUUGAGAAAGGACUUUGCCCAGGCUCAGCAUGUGCCUGUCAAACAAGAGGAUGAGACUGAUGAUCAUGAGGUGAAGAAAGGAGUGUUGCAACACCAGGAGGCCUCUCCCCAAGGAGGAUACAGGCUGUAUUACAACCCUUCCUCAUAUCAUCGCUCUGUGUGGAGCUCCGCAACCUCCCGGAGCCAAACAGAUAAUGAUGAGGAUGAACAGUGCCUCUCCACUCUCGCACCUUCCUUCUGGCAACAGAGCAAUCACUACAGUGUGAGUUGCUCGCGGCACCUCUCCAGCUCCAAGAACACGCUUCUUGAUUUAGCUUUCCGCAAAGGCCCUGAACCCGAGAUGCCAUCAGUUUCGCCGUACCGCAGAAAACCCACGCCGCCAGAUGUUAAAGUAGAUACACGUGCCUUCCUCAAAUGCCGGCCAGGGUAUUCCUCCAUGACCCCUGACCUCACCCAGCGGCCUCCCCCAAUCGAAUGGGAAGAGGCCUUGCCGGUGCUCCAAAAAGUGACCGUUUUAAAAGGCAGCAUGAAAUCAUCAGAUGUGUCUCGGUUUUUCACAGAGCUCAGCCGCUUGCACCCGGACAAGAUGUCAUUAGUGCGCAGCGACCAGCGCUUCAUCAUGCUCCUCCGAUAUUCCGUGGAACACCUUCGCCUCUUCACUCAACCUCAGCUGCUGGAGGUGCUGCAGUCGUUUGUGUGGCUGGACAUGCCCUCAGCCCACUCUGUGCUCGGGCUUUACGAGGCCGAGCUGAGCCGCCGGGCCAGCCAGAUGAGUUUACACCAGCUGCUGGUAGCUGCUGACUUGUGGCGUUGCAUCGGGAGGCAGGUCCCCCAGUUCUUACAGCACCUGUAUGAUUCAGUCCGUCUGCAUCUGGGACAGAUUGGGGUCCCUGAGCUGGUGCAACUGUUGUAUAUAAUAGGAGAGGGCAGGCAGUGCCCAAAAGACUUGAUCCAUCCUGUAGAGCAGCUUCUCAUGCGUCAUUUACAGCAACUGUGCCCUGAGGAGGUUGGCGCUGUGUGCUUGGGGCUCUUUAAAUCCCAGACUUCAAUAUCUCAGGGUGCAGUGACCCGUAUUGUUGAUAAGGCACUCUCUUUUGUGGAGGAGAUGAGCGACUUUGCCAUGGUGAAUGUGCUGAAAUUCCUGCGUUUCAGCUACCUGUAUCACAGGGCGUGGCUGCAGGCCAUGGCGCAGGAGGUUCCUCGACGGGCCCACAGGAUGGGCGUCGAGGGGCUGAUGCACGUGGCACUGGCUUGUUCAGCACAGCAUCACCGCGACGAUAACAUCCUAAUGGCAAUAGCCGAGAGAGUUCCCUCACUGGUGCCACACUGCAGGAGCAAAGACUCAUGCAAGCUGUUGUGGGCCUUUGGCACGUUAGGGUUUCUCCCAGCCCAGAGCCCGAGCUUCUAUCCGAGCCUUACAGAGGCCCUGAGACGGAGGAAAGCUGAAUUCCAGCGAUACCCAGAGCAUCUGCUUACCGGUCUUCUAGGCCUGGCCUUUGUCUCUCAGUUCCCGGAGGACCUAAUUACAUUAGCUCUGAGUCCUGAAUUUGUAAACUUAGCACUGAAAUCCAAACAGCUGGACCUGAAAAAGGACUUGUGCACUUUAGAUGAAGCCGUGGCUCUGGAGUUGCCUCGGUGGAGUGGCCCGCGGCUGAGCCGUGAACUGAGAGAGGAGGUGGCAGAGAUGCUGUGGAAGUUUGCUCAGUCAGAUAUGUGCCUGAAACCAGAGGUUCAGGAAGCGGAAUCUGCUCUGCGGGAUCUGCUCGGAGGAGAGGAGUUUGUAUUAAAGAGAAUGAUUCUCCCCCACACUCGCUCCAUCGACCUGGAAGUACACAUCGACUCCGCUGGACAGCCGAUUCCUGUGAGCCCAGCAUCCCGCACAGCCACGCCAUCUCCAGAGAACAGUUCAUCCAAAUCUCCUUCUCAUCAGGGUUGGGGAAAAAUGAACAUAGGAGUAACUAUAACUGAGGAUCUUUUAGCACAGCUAAUGAAUACCAAAAACACCACUGAACCUUUAACCACAUCUCCUACGGUUAAUCCUACAGUUCUUCACAGAGUAGAGCCCGAUGAAGGCGGGAGAUUGUUUGACACAGGGGUAGAUCUGACCAGUGGCAUUAUAGAAACUCUUGCCAAACCCAGUAGGCCGGGCUCAGCCCCUCAGGACUCCAACAGCACAGUCAAACUUGCCAUCCAAGUUUCCAGCAGGAACCACUAUUGCUGCCAUUCACAGCAGUUGUUGGGCCUUCAUGCCAUGAAGAGGAGGCAGUUGAAGUUGGCAGGCUACAGGGUUGUAGAGCUUAGCUACCAGGAGUGGUUUCCCAUGCUGAGGAGGAGCAGGACUGAGAAGCUCGCACACCUGCACUGCAAAGUCUACAACAGCCUGAAAUGAUUCUCUGACCUUCAAAGGACCAGCAAAGUUGGACUGCAUACUAUGUAUGUGCAAAGUACAGACUAUUAAGGAGAGGAGCAGAUGCUCGUUUCCCCCCCACCACCUACCAUUGUACACGUUUAGUUAAAAAAAAAACAGGAUUUUUGUCAAAACGUGUGACAUUUCAAGAUAUUUUUGUGAUAAUAAAAAUAAUCCAAAUUAAAAAAAGUA